AGCUAAGUAGUAAGUACUAGUACUAACGAAGAAAUCUUUGGUUGAUUAUGAGUUUCUCUAAAAAAUUGAAUUGCGGUUUAUGUUCAAAAAAGGUACUCAUCCAAGAUGAAAAUUUCCCUGAAGACUUAUAUGAUCACCUUUUAAAAUAUUCUAUUCCGAGACUCUACUGGAUAUGUAGAUCUUGUGAUAAAGAAUUUUUCGAUAAUGAUUCUGGCGAAAUAUUCAGUUUGAAAGACGAAAUGAAGUUAUUAAAAUCCAGAGUGGAGGUUUUAGAAGUUGUCGUGAAUAAAAUAACAGAUAAUACUAAACAUAAAAUAUCAGAUUAUGAAUCUGAUGGUGAAGCUGUCAAUAGUCUUGAUGAAUCCAGUGGCGAAGUUUCAGGCUUUUUCAAUUCAGAUUCUGGAUAUCAGGAUUCCCAACCGGACAGUUAUUCAAGUCCAAUUCCUGCAAAUUAUAGAAGAUGUCAAUCUUCACCGACAUUUUCAGAAUUUUCCUCUUGUACUCCUCGUUCCAUUAUUAACCCUACACUGCAUGAUUUUUUAUUUUUCCUUGAAAAAAAUAUAUAUGUAAUAGAGUGUAAUGAUAAAACAUGA